CCGGUUUGUUAUAGUAGCUUCGAUACAUUGCUGAGAUACAGAUAUAAUUAGAAAAGAAAUCCAAGUGAUUCAAACAAAAGUGUUACGAUAUUAAAAUCGGCCAUCUGUUUUAGAAAUUUAGCGUAUUUUUUCGCUCGUUGAAAAAUUAACACCGAAAAAAGAAGAGUUCUAUUUUUUUGAAAAAAACUUAAACAAGAAAAUAAUAUUUAAAUAAUUAUUGCCAUUCUAAAGCUAAAAGAAAAUUGUUAACGGACCUUUUUACAAAAGGAAAGCCAUUAAAGAAAAAAAGUGAUAAAAAUACAACUUUAAAAGAAACGUGCUGUGAUCAAUAGAAAACGUUAACAACAAAAAAACUUGUAAAUUUAUAUACAAGUUAAAGAAAAUAAUUAAAUUACAAAGAAAAAAGACAGUAAAAAUUGUGAUAUUAUUUUGCCAAAAUACAAAUCCUAAUAACAAUUAAGGUUUUUGGCUAACAACAACAACUAAACGGUUUAGAUACUUUUCGAAACUGCUAGAAGUUUCUGGAAGAAAAAAAAAAACAAAUUUGAAAACAGUGUCUAACAACACAUUUGUUUGAACAAAGCAAGAGACCACAACAACAAUAUGAAAAUGGAAAUUUUGGCAGUACAACAAUUAUACCAUCCAGCAGAUUUCAAUGGACUUGGGUCUAAUAAAAUAAAAGAUUGGACCUCACCUUUAACACCGCCACCAGAGGCCUCUACAAAGGCCACCACAAAUUUACCCUAUGCCCAAACAAAUACUACCAACAAAAUCAAAAACAGUAUUAACAAUCAGAAAAACAAACGUUUAUCGGAAAACAGCAGUAAACGCAAUUCCCCAGCUGUGGCCACUAACCAGAAGCCCACUUUGAAUUCGCUCAGACAAGACAACAAUAAUGUUUUCUAUUGUGAGGAUUUAGAUGCGGCUGCAGUUAAUGAUCUGUCUUUGCGUUUGUUGGACGAAUUAAGAUUAGCCAAGUCGCGUCAUUUGUCGUGUACGGAAGUGUCAUUGCCCUGUGAUCUAACGCCACGCAUAGCAGCCGAGAUUUUGCGUUUGAGUGAUCGUGAACCCUGUGGCCUGAGAGGCUGCACCAUCUAUAUAGAAUUUGAAGAUGAACCCAAUAACUCUAGACGCAUUGCCUCGCUUAAGUUGGACUCGGAAACCGUGUCGACAUUUGAAAUCUACUUGACACUGCGUCAAGAUCAUCGCGGCUGGACCUCGUUACUGCCACAAUUCAUGAAGGGUUUGUCGCGCACAAUUACCAUAAGUCCCGAAUUUAUCAUCACUAAAAACAAGCUGUACUCUCCUUUGGCGAGUACAAGUUAUAGUUAUACCAGUUCUAAAGCCAUAUCAACACCCACCGCGUAAAUUUCUCAAUUAUGCCUGUCGUGUACUUAUGAAUAUGUCUUGAAGUGUUUCCACACACCCACCACAAUAUGUUGUUGUUUUUUUUUGGUGGUUUGUUUUCAAAAAAACCACCAAACUUACUUUCCCCCCCCCACCCGAAGCUCUUCAUUUAGAUCAAAAAUCUCAGCAAAUCAUUUGGAAUUUUUGAGUUGUAUGGCUUCAGACAUAUUUCUUUUAUUGUCGUGUAUAUCUCGUAUCAUUUCCUUAAUAAGAAAUUCUACUUUGAAUUGAAUUUUAAAUUUAAGUCGAAUAUUUUGUUUUUAUAAUGAUCACAAUGAUCAUUAUGAUUGCUAUACCUAAGAGUAUAACAAUCAGUUUUCUUUUCUUCUUGUAAAUGACCCGUCGAGUUAGAAUUAAAGGUUACGAUCCUUCAAAACAAGAUCGUACAUUAUUCUUCACUUAAUAUAUUGUUUAUUUUAACUCAAGGCCAAUUAUUAUCGUAUAAAACUCAUGAAAAUAAGAAUGUGAUAACUUAUUAAGAUGCUAAGUUUUUUUUUAAAUUUAAUUUUUAUCUAACUAUAUAUAUAUUUAUAAAAUAAUCAUAAUAAUAUUUGUAUGUAUAUCAUAAUUAUAAGUCUUUGAUCUUAAACGAUUUGAAGAUGAAACAAAGAAAUGUGUUAAUUAAUUUAAAAAUUAAAACCUACAACAACAAUAACAACAUCAAAAGAAUAUUUAUGUGAAAAGUAUUGAACACUAUGUGUCCAACUACAAUUCCAAGCAAAGAAUUUUUAAAAUUUUUUGUAAUUUUUAUUUAAAAUUAUUUUAUUUAAGAAAUAAUCAUCUAUUUGUAUGUAUUUUUUUGUCCAAAUAAUUUGUGAAAGAAAAUCGAAAACAAAACUGCGAUAUCCUGCAUGCAGAUUGUGUGCAUUUAGUUUGUAAAUUGAAAUUGAAACUUAACGAAAAAAAAGCAAAAAACUCUCAUUUCUCUUUAUUUAAUCUUAUUAUUUUUGUACUGUUCUUUAAUUAUUUUAUAAUUUUUUUUCUAUAAAAUUCACAAUGUUCUCAUUCAUUUUAAAAUGAUAUUCAUUCAUAAUGUUUUUUUAUUUUUAUUAUUUUUUUUUUUGUUUGUUCAUUAAUAUAUUUUAGUUAUUAAAAAAACAAAACGUAUUUAUUUAGUAUAUGCGAAAACAAAAUACAAGAAAAACCCAUAAGUUUUUAAAAAAAUUUAUUAAUUUUUAAUUAUAAAACAUGUAUUAUUUUCUUUUUUAUACGAAUAUAUUUAUAAAAAAAAAAACAUGUCCUCAACAAAUAAUAUAAACAAAACGAAAAACAAAUAUGUAUUAAAAGAAAUGUUAAAUAUAAAAAAACAAAUCAAAUGUUUUUUUUAUAUAUUGUAUUUAAAACAAAAAAUGAUCUUAAUUUUGUAACCAAAAAACAAUUUUUAAUUUAAAAAUGAAAAAAUAAUAAAAAAAAUAUUCGGAAGUUAUUUGAUUGGAUUCUAUGGUUUCUGAAAGAAUAACGGAAGAAUGUAUUAAAAACUCAAACAA